CGCUUUUUAACGCUAUAUCUCGCGAGAAGUUGAAUGACCGCAAACGUCAUUGACCCUGUCUCUAUGUUUUUGCACCCUCGCUGAGCUGCAGACUGCAAGGGAAUCGCUACCAAAAUGAACAGAGCCUUUAACAAAACGAACCUGAAACAUUUAACGGGUCUCCUGCAAAGGUUUCAAAGCACCUUGGUAGUGGCAGAGCACAACAAUGACAAGUUGACCCCAAUUACUCUGAACACCAUCACUGCUGCCAGUAAACUGGGUGGAGAUGUGUCUUGUCUGGUUGCUGGGACAAACUGUUCAAAGGUUGUGGAGGAAAUCAGCAAAAUACAGGGUGUUAAGAAAGUUCUGGUGGCCCAGCAUGAUUCCUACAAAGGUGCUCUGCCAGAGGAAUUGACUCCACUAAUCCUGGAAACACAAAAACAGUUCAAUUUCACCCACAUCUGUGCUGGUGCAUCAGCUUUUGGAAAGAACUUGCUCCCUAGAGUUGCAGCCAAGUUGGAUGUAGCCCCUAUUUCUGAUAUUAUUGAGAUCAAGUCCCCAGACACUUUUGUCCGUACCAUCUAUGCAGGUAAUGCUCUUAGCACUGUGAAAUGUGAUGAAGCAGUCAAAGUGUUCACUGUCAGAGGGACGUCCUUUGAGGCGGCUUCCCCAGGAGGAGGAAGUGCCACAUCAGAGGAAGUUGCUGCAACUUCACCUGUUGCUAUCUCUGAGUGGCUGGAGCAGAACCUGACAAAGAGUGACCGUCCAGAGCUGACAAGUGCUAAAACUGUGAUAUCAGGAGGAAGAGGCUUGAAAAGCGGAGAUAACUUCAAACUGCUUUAUGACCUCGCUGACAAACUGAAUGCUGCAGUUGGUGCAUCCCGAGCUGCAGUGGAUGCUGGGUAUGUUCCCAAUGACAUGCAGGUUGGACAGACUGGCAAAAUUGUAGCACCGGAUUUGUACAUCGCUGUUGGAAUUUCUGGAGCUAUUCAACAUCUAGCUGGAAUGAAAGACAGUAAGGUAAUGUAACUGCAACCAAACAUUUCCCAAUUUUUGUUUUUGAUAAUUGUUUUUCUGCUUUCUUUCAGUCAUCAUACAUUUUUUGAC